AUGUCCCACCCAAUGGAAGGAGACCUUGCAUUUGAGACGGAGGAUGACUCCGAUGUCUUGGAUUUGGAUGAUAUGGAGGUAGAGCUUCCCAACAUCGCGGGCCAUCACAUACGAGCCCAAGGCAGCGACGAAGCCGAGUGGCGGAAGCUGGAAUUGGAGCGUCAACUGAAGGACGUCAUGGGCCAGCUCAGGGACGGACACCGCAAAUGGGGUGAGAGCGGGCCACCGGAUGUCCCGCCUCUUGAAUUAUAUAAAAAGACGACGCUUGCUACCAAGAGAGACGCGGAGGCUACGAGGGCAACCGCCCUCCAUAUCCUCGCGAGGCAGUACAAGACUGACUAUGCCGACAUCCCUGGAGAGAUUAUCCGGCCCGUCAUCCGCGAUCUGCUGAUACAAAAACGACAAGCUCUCGAGACAGCGACAACAAGAAUGCCUCUGCACCACAUCUUUGCUUGGCCGGAUGAGAAGGUGACAGUGAGACUCGAGGCCGACGCGAAGACGGUUCUGAAGAGAGCAAUGGAAUUCGUCCCAGUAGCAAAAGCCGAGACCAUCGCCGCACAGGAUGUCGAUGGCAACACGCCCAUCCAUUACGCUUCCGACUAUCGCCAAUGCUACCAGAGAUCUGACGAGUAUGUCAGCAUCUACAAGGACAUGCCGCUCCUGCGUAGGGAAACCGCCAGCCCAAUCGACAGCUCGACCGCAGGGAAAGACAACCAGCCUAGGGCAGGGCCACCGAGUCUUAGGAAGGAACUCGGAGCCAUCGAGAUGAACGGACAAUUGGUCGACAAGACCAAGGUGAAGGCGAACCCCGAUGGCCGUAGUUCCCGGCGCAUGUCGAUAGUUGAGGAAACGCCCCAAGAAAGACCUCAACGACGACGCCCGGAAGAUGCCUCCGCCGUCCGCUUGGAGAAGACAGUGGCACCUAGCGCCGCGGCUACCAACAGGAGGGCCAAGGCCAAGGCCUACACGGAUAUUCUGCAGUUCCUCAGACUGCACUACAUCCGGUCCCGUCCGGAUAUGGAUGCCCGAGACUUGAUCCAUGGCAAGGAUAUCUCUGACAAAAACCUGUACUUUGAUGCUUCCGGUCAUAGCCGGGCCAACACCAUCAUUACUUUGAUAGAACGCAUGUCGGUAGGUGGCUUCUUGGACACGCUGGCCUACGUCUAUAUCCCCGGCCUAGAUCAGGUCACCCCGGCCGUGAAACAUGAAAAGCCGGAGAGGAAAACCUACGGUCGAGGGCGUUCCGGCCAAGUACAAGAAAACCCCAAGAUGGGGCGCAACGACCUGGUCAGCGUGUUCGAUAAGCUGUCGUCCUGCGGUGUGACGCGUAUUCUCCGCCUGCAGGUGGACGACCUGGAGGAACCCGCCCACACGGAUUCAGCCAUUGAGAUGGCUCUUCAGGGUACUGAGCCCCUCGCGUCGCAGGACCAGGAGCAGCCGCCGGCGAGGGGGAGAAAUUCAGCCCACCCAUCUAUUCUUGUCGAGACAUGGCGGGCAUAUGCUUACCUGUAUCCUACUCUUACCAGGGACUGGCGCAAGCCCGAUAUCAGUCCCGACGUCAUCGCUGCCGCCGCCCCGGACGUAGAGCAUGUAAACCUGUACUGGAGCGGAAACCAGGCGGUCUUGAGGGGCUGGGGAAGUUCGGCCGGCAUCCCGCGUCUAAUGAAAUUGAAAACCCUCAGGGUUUACGCAGCGCCGGGCCUCGAAAGCGUCGCAAAGAUGAACAGGAUGUUGGACAUCUUCCAGAACGAUAUCAUCACCAAUACCAGCGGGAGAGUCAAGGAAGUAAAGAUUAUACCGAGGAUCAAUGGCUUGAUCGCCAGCCAAAACGCCGAGGAACAAGGGGAUCCAACCAGCAGUUCGACGGGGGGUCAGGUCACCGUGGCCCAGAGACAGCACGUAUGGGUUUCGACAAUGGACGAGUUCAGGAAAUCAAUGGUGUCCGUCCACAACACCCUCAGGGGUUUGCAGCUGAAUAUGGAGCCCUACAGAAUCAAGGUCGCUCUAAUCGACGACGGUCUCGAACUAAGCCAGCUCCUCACCUACAACGGCAUCGUAGAGGCCAUCGGCCAAAGCUACUACCCGCCGAGUGGGCGCACCGAAAACCCGUGGCAUCGCUCGACCGAGGGGCACGGCACCAUCAUGGCCAACAUGAUCGCGCGGGUCAACCCCUGGGUCUCACUGCACGUCAUGCGGGUACACAACAAGCGCCUUCAGAACGGCGAACGGACCGUGCUAGCGGACAGCGCCGCCAAAGCCAUCUGGGGCGCGAUCCGCCGCCGGGUCAACAUCAUCUCGAUAUCCUGGACGGUGAAGGGCAAAAAGGCGCCCGGGGUGGUGCGCGGCCCCCUCUACGACGACAACAGCGCCGCGGGGGCGGCAGGCACCGGGCCGGGGGGGGGAAUGGACGCGGAGGCGGAGGCGAUCGGAAAACUGGAAGCGGCCAUCGACGAGGCGGUGCGGCAGAACAUUUUGAUCUUUUGCUCGGCGAGCGACCAGAUCGAGGAGGAUGCGAAGGACUCGCUGCCGUACCGGCAGGCGCCGGGCCAUCCAGGUGGCCGAGGACUUUAA